AUGACACAUAUGGUCCUCGCCUCAUAUUUCCAUGCAGAGUCCUCUAUCUCAGAAGACAAAUAUCAGUCAAUGAGAACUGACAGGAUGGCCACUGGGAAUUUGACAGUAGGAAUGAUCAUCUUAUUACAGACUAUACUUGGAAUCCUGGGGAAUUUGUCUCUUCUUUACCACUGUCUCCUCCUUUAUUUCACUGGGUGCGGGCUAAUGCCCACAGAUUUGCUAGUCAAGAACCUGAUUGUAGCCAACUCCUUGGUCCUGUUCUCUAGGGAAAUCCCUGAUGCAAUGUCAUCUUUUGGGUGGUAUCAGAUCUUCAGUGAUUUUGGAUGCCGUUAUUUUUCCUAUGUUCGUGGAGUGGGCAGAGGUGUGUCCAUCAGCACCACCUGCCUUUUGAGUGUCUUCCAGGCCAUCAUGAUCAGCCCCAGGAACUCCAGGUGGGCAGGGCUUAAAGUGAAACCUCUCAAGUGCAUUGCCCCUUCAAUUUUCCUGUGCUGGAUAAAUGUCAUGCUGAUAAAUGUCAUGUAUCCUAUAUUUCUGACUAGCAAUUGGAGCAACAAAAACAUCACAAACAGAAAAAGUUUUGGAUACUGUUCUGCUGUUCGUCAUGACAAAACCAGAGACUCAUUAUAUGCAGCAUUGCUAUCAAUCCCUGAUGUUUUCUGUUUGGUGCUCAUACUCUGGGCCAGUGUCUCUGUGGUUUUCAUCCUGUACAGGUACAAGCAGAGGGUUCAACACAUCCAUAGGACCAGUGUGCCCUCCAGAUCCUCCCCUGAGUCCAGAGCUACCAAAACCAUCCUUCUCCUGGCGAGCACUUUUGUCUGUUUUUACACACUUUCCUCCAUCGUUCACGUGUGUAUGGCUCUUUUUAACAAUCCUGACUUGUUUAUCUUCAACGUCAGUACAAUAAUCACUAUGUGUUUCCCAACUGUCAGCCCCUUUCUGCUCAUGAGCCGUGACUCCAAUGUAUCUGGACCCUGCUUUGUCUGGAUAAGGAACACAAAAUCCCCUAAUCUUAUGAGAAAAAUGUGA